AUGAAACCCUCUUCCACACCAGAUUCCUUCUCCUCCUACUCAGCUUCCACCACCGUCACCUACACCUACCACAAUGUCCACACUCCACCACCACACGCCAAUUCCACUCCACCACCAUCCCCGUCCGCAGCCACAGCCGCGGCCACCAUCCAAUCUGCCUAUCGCGCCCACCGCAUCCGCGCCCUCUAUCGUAAAAUCGCCGCUGUCGACGCCGAAGCCGACCGGCUGCAGCGCCUGAUCCAGCGGCAGGACACGGUGGACGCCGUGCGCACCAACCACCUGGAGAAGCUCAGAAUGAACGAGGCCCUCAUGGCCCUGCUGCUGAAGCUGGACUCCGUUCCCGGAAUUGAUCAGACGGUCAGGGACGCGCGGAGGAAAGUCACCCGUCGGAUCGUGGGCCUCCAGGAGAUACUGGACUGUGUAUCGGAGGCCCAGAUUGAUGAGUCAUGUUGGUGGUCCAUGAAGAAUUGGGACGACGUCUUGGCCGACAUGGAAGAAAGUAUUUGUCGAGAGAGAGGCGGUGAUGAAAUGGAACGGUUUUGCGCUCAAAACCUCGGUUUUCGCUGCCUACAAAGGUUUCUUCGUGAACCUUGA